AUGGGAGCUUUUCUAGACAAACCAAAGACGGACAAGUUUCUAGAAAAUGGGGAAGGUAACGGAAUUCGUUACGGGGUUGCAAGUAUGCAAGGUUGGCGUAUGGAGAUGGAAGAUGCUCACAUGGCCAAAACUAAUCUUGGUGAAACGUUAAAAGAUUGGUCUUAUUUUGCAGUGUUUGAUGGACAUGCAGGGGCUUAUGUGUCUGCCCAUUGUGCAGAGCAUUUAUUGGGCACUAUCAUGGCCACAGAAGAAUUUCAUGAAGAUGUUAUGAAGGCAAUUCACAAAGGGUUCUUAGAAUUAGACAACAAAAUGCGUGGCUUGCCAGAAAUGACCUCAGGUCAGGACAAGAGCGGUUCAACUGCUAUUUGUGCUUUCAUCUCACCACGUACUAUCUACAUUGCUAAUUGUGGGGACUCAAGAGCAAUGUUGUGUCGUGAUGGGGCACCAAUAUUUUCCACCCAGGACCACAAACCUGGAUUGCCCACUGAAAGAGAUCGUAUAGUAAAAGCUGGAGGUUCUGUAAUGAUCCAGAGGGUCAAUGGAAGCUUAGCGGUGAGUAGGGCGCUUGGUGAUUUUGAGUACAAAAAUGUCAAGGGAAUGGGUCCCUGCGAGCAACUCGUGUCUCCUGAACCAGAAAUAUUUGUUAGGGAAAAGGACGACAUGGCUGAUGAGUUCCUAGUCUUGGCUUGUGAUGGAAUUUGGGACGUUAUGAGCAACGAGGAUUUGUGUGCGUACAUACACAACCGAUUAUGUGUUACUGAUAAUCUACAAGAAGUUACCAGUCAAGUUAUUGACACCUGUUUGUACAAGGGAAGUCGGGACAAUAUGAGUAUAGUAUUAAUUGCUUUUCCUGGUGCUCCCACUCCAACUCCAGAAGCUGUGAUGGCGGAAAAAGAAUUAGAUGCUACUAUUGAAAGGCAUGUCAAAGAAACUGUAGAACAAAGUGAAGAUAGAACUUUUUAUCAAAUUUAUCGUAACCUAAUGUCAAUUAAUAUUGAUGGAUUGCCACCUGGAGGAGGAUUGGCUUCAAAGCGUACACUAAUUGAACAAAUUUUCAAGGAGCUCUGUCCUGAUCAUGCAGAAACUGUAAGUGAAAGUUGGGACGUUUACUUUUAA